CUAGAGCCAGUUGCGAACCAGUAGUCGUCCGAGUAAGAGUUGUGCGCGCGCGUUUUUUCCUUUCCCGAUCGCGUGCCUAACGAAUCAGGCGUCCUGGUGGUCGAUGUUCAUCGAGGGCGCACAUUAAUAAUACGAAAACGACAAGACGACAACGAUGGCCACCCUAAGACUCUUAGCGGCUGGCGUGAGCGCAGUAAGCGCCGGCGCCCUCACCUCUUAUUAUUUACUAACACCAGAGAAUCCAGUACACGCAGAAAAAGCACGCCCACCAAAAAGGCCCCUACCAUCGCGAGAGGAUCAAGUGAAAACCCUGAAGAAAGGAGAAAUAUACGACGUGCUUAUCAUCGGAGGCGGAGCCACUGGAGCAGGAUGCGCUCUCGAUGCUUGUACACGAGGUUUGAAAACCGCACUGAUAGAAGGCGACGAUUUCGCGUCUGGCACGUCAUCGAGAAGCACGAAAUUGAUCCACGGUGGCGUACGAUACUUGCAAAAGGCCAUAAUGCAACUCGACAUCGAACAAUACAGAAUGGUCAAGGAGGCCUUGCACGAGCGAGCAUCGAUGAUACAUAACGCCCCGCAUCUCGCCCACCCUCUACCAAUUAUGCUUCCAGUUUACACAUGGUGGCAGAUACCUUAUUACUGGGUGGGUAUCAAAGCGUACGACCUUGUGGCUGGCAGUAAAACCGUCAAAUCUUCGUAUUACCUGAGUAAACAGAAUGCACUCGAGCUGUUCCCUAUGUUGAAGGGUGACAAAUUGACUGGCGCGAUUGUUUAUUACGAUGGACAACAAGAUGACGCUCGAAUGAAUCUUGCCGUGGCAUUAACUGCAUCAAGGCACGGAGCAACCGUUGUUAAUCACGUUAGCGUAACGAAUCUUCUCAAAGGUUUAGACAGAGACGGCAAGCGAGUACUGACAGGAGCUCGUGUACGAGACGAACUUACCGGCGAAGAGUUCGACGUAAAAGCCCGAGCGAUUAUCAAUGCAACUGGGCCAUUCACCGAUUCUAUACGUAAAAUGGACGAUCAAAGUGUCCAAGAAAUCUGCUGUCCAUCGUCAGGUGUACACAUUGUCCUACCCGGUUAUUACAGUCCCGACCAAAUGGGUUUGCUCGAUCCAGCAACAAGCGACGGUCGUGUAAUUUUCUUCCUCCCAUGGCAGAAGCACACGAUCGCCGGCACGACGGAUUUGCCGUGUAAUAUCACGCAUAAUCCCAAACCGACCGAGGACGAAAUCAUGUUCAUUCUACAGGAAGUUAAGAAUUACCUGAAUCCCGACGUUGAAGUGCGACGUGGUGAUGUAUUGUCGGCAUGGAGUGGCAUCCGACCACUUGUCUCGGAUCCUAACAAACCAAAUACUCAAUCGCUAGCCCGUAAUCAUAUCGUUCACGUUAGCCCAUCAAAACUUAUCACCAUAGCUGGUGGUAAAUGGACCACUUACAGAGCUAUGGCUAUGGAAACCAUCGACGAGGCUAUCAAAGCAUGCGACUUGAAACCCGAAAGAGGAUGUCAAACAGACGGAUUUCUGUUGGAGGGUGCUCAUGGUUUCUCACCUACUAUGUACAUUCGAUUGGUACAGGACUUUGGUCUCGAAUGCGAAGUCGCUCAACAUUUAGCCAAGAGUUACGGCGAUCGUGCUUUCGCUGUUGCAAAAAUGGCUGCACUUACCGGCAAAAGAUGGCCCAUCAUCGGCAAGAAGUUACAUCCUGAAUUUCCGUAUAUCGAUGCGGAGGUUCGUUAUGGUUGCCGUGAGUACGCGAGAACAGCAAUCGACAUGAUUGCGCGUAGACUACGAUUGUCAUUCUUGAACGUACAAGCAGCGAACGAAGCAUUACCGAUGAUCGUCGACAUUAUGGCUGAAGAGUUGAAGUGGAGCGAGGACGAAAAAAAAAGACAAUUGAAGGAGGCUAACGUGUUUUUGGCUAACGAGAUGGGACAAAUCGUGAACAGAGCGUCGCGCGAUAAGAUUCCUAUCAAUCUUACCAAAGACGAGAUUCAAUUGUACAUCAAACGCUUCCAGAUUAUCGACAAAGAUCGCAAGGGAUACGUCUCCAUUAAUGACAUCAGACGAGGACUUAAGUUGUUCGGUGACAAGGACGUUCCCGGUGAAGAGCUUCACGAAAUCUUGAAAGAAAUCGACACUAACAUGAACGGUCAAGUCGAACUGGACGAAUAUCUUCAGAUGAUGUCCGCAAUAAAGUCCGGUCAUGUGGCGUACUCGAGAUUCGCAAGAAUGGCUGAGAUGGAGGAAGCUCAACACGAAAAGGACGUGCUCAAGAAGAAAAUCAGCGUGGAACGGUCUGGCGGUGGACUUUAAACGAGUCGCCGUCGUUCAUUUUAUAUAGAUGAAUAAAUUGUCCGCAUCUCCCAUUUUCUCGCGUUACCAUUAGCUCAUUCUUAUAUCUUUCUCUUAAAUCUUUGUGUCUAUUGGCGUCAGUCAUCGCAUUAUUUAUUGCAUUACGUGUAAAAAAAAAGAAUUGGUUACAUUUUAAGCGUCACAUUACGGCGUUUCGGGUAACUUUUUACCUCGCCACUUUACACAGGAUGUAUAUCCACUCUACUAGGCAAUUCUAACGAAUAAGACGAAUAGAAAUAUCGAGUGACGCUUUGCUUCAAAUAAUGAACAAAAGCUUUCAUUGAAUUAGCUCAGUACAGUGAUUAAUUGAUUCACUAAACAUCUUAUUUUGAAAAAGGCAUUAGUAAUAUUUAUUUGGUCGAUCAAUCACAGUGUCAACUAAUGAAAACAUGUGUAAUAUACGUGGUUUUUAAGAAAGAUGUUAUGCAUUAUUAUAUUUUUUGUUCGUUUAUUUUUUAAAGGUGUAAAACGUCGAGGAAAGGACGUCAAUAAUGAGAUUAAUUAUGUAAUACUUGAUUAUAUACGUGCAGACGCUUAAGGCGUAACUUUCGUCGUUAUAAAGUGGAAACUUUGCCUUUUUCGAUAUUAAAUAAAAAAGAAAGAUAUAGAACUUCUUAUAUCAAAAGCGAAGUGACUUUUACAUGUGUAACGGUGAAAUUAUGAAUUUUAUUUAUAGAUGCGUGUGUGUACAUAAGAAAACAAAAGAUAAAAAGUAAAAACUCAUCUUAUAUAUCUCUGUAAAGUCGUGUGACCUUGAAAUUGUUAUUGUAUCUAAACAUUAGACUUAAUUAUGGGAUUCAAACAAUAAUAUUUCACGAGCGCGCGCGACGAAUAUUUAUUCAUUUUACCAGCAAUAUCAUAAAUGUUGUAUUUGUCUUUAUUGACAGAGGAAAUUCGCGAUUAUUAAAAAAAAUAUCUCACUGGAAGCGAUUUGUAUAACAUUCGUGUUAAAUAUAAAACUGAAAAUUCUCGUAA